AACAAGUUACCAGUAGGUUCAGUAGAUUCUCAGAAAACAAAUGAGACCCAGCAUUCAUGAUAUGCACGCUCUUAAGGCGGUGCAAUUGGGCAAUUAGUUGAAUUAGUUGAAAGGGGUGUGUUCAAAAAAAUAGCAGUGUGGCAUUCAAUCACUGAGGUCAUCAAUUUUGUGAAGAAACAGGUGUGAAUCAGGUGGCCCCUAUUUAAGGAUGAAGCCAACACUUGUUGAACAUGCAUUUGAAAGCUGAGGAAAAUGGGUCGUUCAAGACAUUGUUCAGAAGAACAGCGUACUUUGAUUAAAAAGUUGAUUAGAGAGGGGAAAACCUAUAAAGAGGUGCAAAAAAUGAUAGGCUGUUCAGCUAAAAUGAUCUCCAAUGCCUUAAAAUGGAGAGCAAAACCAGAGAGACGUGGAAGAAAAUGGAAGACAACCAUCAAAAUGGAUAGAAGAAUAACCAGAAUGGCAAAGGCUCAGCCAAUGAUCACCUCCAGGAUGAUCAAAGACAGUCUGGAGUUACCUGUAAGUACUGUGACAGUUAGAAGACGUCUGUGUGAAGCUAAUCUAUUUUCAAGAAUCCCCCGCAAAGUCCCUCUGUUAAAAAAAAGGCAUGUGCAGACGAGGUUACAAUUUGCCAAAGAACACAUCAACUGGCAUAAAGAGAAAUGGAGGAACAUUUUGUGGACUGAUGAGAGUAAAAUUGUUCUUUUUGGGUCCAAGGGCCACAGGCAGUUUGUGAGACGACCCCCAAAAUCUGAAUUCAAGCCACAGUACACAGUGAAGACAGUGAAGCAUGGAGGUGCAAGCAUCAUGAUAUGGGCAUGUUUCUCCUACUAUGGUGUUGGGCCUAUUUAUCGCAUACCAGGGAUCAUGGAUCAGUUUGCAUAUGUUAAAAUACUUGAAGAGGUCAUGUUGCCCUAUGCUGAAGAGGACAUGCCCUUGAAAUGGUUGUUUCAACAAGACAAUGACCCAAAACACACUAGUAAACGGGCAAAGUCUUGGUUCCAAACCAACAAAAUUAAUGUUAUGGAGUGGCCAGCCCAAUCUCCAGACCUUAAUCCAAUUGAGAACUUGUGGGGUGAUAUCAAAAAUGCUGUUUCUGAAGCAAAACCAAGAAAUGUGAAUGAAUUGUGGAAUGUUGUUAAAGAAUCAUGGAGUGGAAUAACAGCUGAGAGGUGCCACAAGUUGGUUGACUCCAUGCCACACAGAUGUCAAGCAGUUUUAAAAAACUGUGGUCAUACAACUAAAUAUUAGUUUAGUGAUUCACAGGAUUGCUAAAUCCCAGAAAAAAUUUUUUUUGUACAAAAUAGUUUUGAGUUUGUACAGUCAAAGGUAGACACUGCUAUUUUUUUGAACACACCCCUUUCAACUAAUUGCCCAAUUGCACAGCCUUAAGAGCGUGCAUAUCAUGAAUGCUGGGUCUUGUUUGUUUUCUGACAAUCUACUGAA